CAACUAGUCAUUGGUCUCACAGGCGGUAUUGCCACCGGGAAGUCUACUGUUUCCAAACUUCUUAAAGAACGGCAUGUCCCUGUCAUCGACGCCGACGUUAUCGCCCGCCAAGUGGUUGAACCUGGCACUUCUUGUCUAGCGAAGAUCGUCAAAAAGUUUGGUGACGGGAUCCUGAUUUCCGAUGGCUCGUUGGACCGCAAAGCACUUGGCUCUAUCAUAUUCAAGGACGAGCAGAAGCGAAAGCAAUUAAAUGCUAUUGUACACCCAGCAGUUAGACGGGCGAUGUUCUGGGGUGUUGCCAAGUGCUGGUUGAAGGGCGAGAGAUUCUGUGUAUUGGAUGUACCCUUGUUGAUAGAGGGACCGCUGUGGAAGCUAGUGUAUAAAGUGGUGCUUGUAUAUUGUCCUCCCGAUAUUCAACUUCAGCGACUGAUGCUCCGCGACAACUCCUCUAUUGAAGAUGCUUCCUCACGACUGGACUCUCAAAUACCUAUCAAUGACAAACUCAGAUACGCUGAUGACCGGAUAGACAAUUCUGGAGGAGUCGAGGAGCUGAACGCUAAAAUCGAUGCAUUUGUUGCGGGGCUCAGGAAAGAGGCUGGAUGGAGUUGGGUUGUAAGUUGGCUAAUACCACCAUAUGGUAUCGUCUCGGCAGCAUGCAUUCUGGCAUGGCGUGCACUUUGGCGGUCGCACAAGCUGAAUGACAAGAGCACCUAA